AUGGAUGAGGCGAUCGCGCAAGAGGCUGAGAACAUCGAGGAUCGAGGGCUUCCUGGGAAACACGACCCGAACUUACGCAAUGAUAUCCUUGGACUGUGGCAACAAGCUACCAACUGGUACACUCUCACAGAGCUGAACCGGCGAUACCUCGAAGGCAGACUGGCCCUCUGUCCAAGCUAUGAUUUUCCUGUUGAGCCGGAGACUGAGUUCUUUUCAAGACUUCUUGAACUUCACGACUAUGGACUUAUUUCAACAAACUCAUGCCCAGGAACAGGUCCCGAGGACACGGAGCGAAGCCAACGUGCCUUCUUGUUCUUCAACAUUCCAACUCGUGGACUGGCAGCAAGAUCGCCUCACGCAUUGUUCAACUUCAUCCAAGCUCUGGUUGCUUCUACGGAGGUAUAUGCUCACGUCCGAUUCCAAUACUACAAUGCACCGUAUGGGAUUCAACGAGACGCAAUCAUCGAUGGCCUGAUGCAACGUGGAAGCUACAAUAAUCUUCCAAGAAUCAAUGAUGAUGCGUGGAGGGGGGAGGGGUGGAGUUAUGACCAGGACGAUCAAGGUCACGCAUGCACCCUCAAUUUCGUGCAAGCAGUGUCUCUCAAUGAACACGGGAGAGGUAUUGAGGACUCCAGGAUCCAGACGUGUGGCUCAAGCUUCAGAGAUGAUCAGAGCCCGAUCUCAGCCAGCCACAGGGCUGAUCCUCUACAAAUCUCCGUAGUGGCCAGGGACUGGAACUACACAGCAAUCGGGGAGUUGCUCGAGUGUCUCUUAAGAGACUCAGGAAUUUUGCCCGCAUACAGUCGAUGA